CAGCACUUCUGCUGUUUAAAAAUGUGUAAGAAUGUUUUCAUGGAGGACAAUUUCAGACCUAUUUGUUCAAGUCUUUCUGGGUUUUGGAAAGAUGCCAGCUUGGCAAGCAGGAAGAACAAAAGGACAGUACUGAAAAUACCUAGUCUGGGACAGUCUUAUUGUCACCACACAGCAGGUUUGGAAUGCAUCAGAAUGAGACAGGCAACUCUGCCCAGUUCUCUUCAUGGUUUGCUUGUGCGAAUCACUGCUUGAAAAACUUUCACUGCAGACUUAUCUAAAGACUUAAAAAUGCCUCCACGACCAUCAUCUGGUGAACUAUGGGGCAUCCACUUGAUGCCACCGAGGAUCCUUGUGGAAUGUCUUCUCCCAAACGGAAUGAUAGUGACUCUAGAAUGCCUCCGUGAGGCCACUUUACUGACUAUUAAACAUGAACUCUUUAAAGAAGCAAGAAAAUAUCCUCUCUAUCAGCUCCUUCAAGAUGAAUCUUCUUACAUUUUUGUAAGUGUUACACAAGAAGCAGAGAGAGAAGAAUUUUUUGAUGAAACACGGAGGCUUUGUGACCUGCGACUAUUUCAGCCUUUUCUAAAGGUCAUUGAACCAGUAGGUAACAGAGAAGAAAAGAUUCUUAAUAGAGAAAUAGGUUUUGCCAUUGGCAUGCCCGUCUGUGAAUUCGACAUGGUUAAGGAUCCAGAAGUACAAGACUUCAGAAGAAAUAUUCUCAAUGUUUGUAAAGAAGCAGUGGAUCUUCGAGAUGCCAAUGCACCACACAGUAGAGCGUUGUAUGUCUAUCCUCCAAAUGUAGAGUCUUCACCUGAGCUACCCAAACACAUAUACAAUAAACUAGAUAAAGGGCAAAUUAUAGUGGUGAUAUGGGUAAUUGUCUCGCCAAACAAUGAUAAACAGAAAUACACCUUAAAAAUCAACCAUGACUGUGUGCCUGAGCAAGUUAUUGCUGAAGCAAUUAGGAAGAAAACACGAAGUAUGUUGCUGUCAACUGAACAGUUGAAACUUUGUGUCUUGGAGUAUCAGGGCAAAUAUAUUUUAAAAGUGUGUGGCUGUGAUGAAUACUUGCUAGAAAAAUAUCCACUGAGCCAGUAUAAGUACAUAAGAAGCUGUAUUAUGCUUGGUCGCAUGCCCAAUCUGAUGCUCAUGGCAAAGGAAAGCCUAUAUACCCAGCUACCAUUGGACACCUUUACCAUGCCAUCUUAUUCUAGACGUAUCUCUACAGCUACACCCUACAUGAAUGGAGAAGCUACAGCCAAAUCUCUCUGGACUAUAAGUAGUGCUCUCAGAAUACGAAUCCUCUGUGCAACAUACGUAAAUGUGAACAUUAGAGACAUAGACAAGAUCUAUGUCAGAACAGGUAUCUACCAUGGAGGGGAGCCUUUGUGUGACAAUGUGAAUACUCAAAGGGUACCUUGUUCUAAUCCAAGGUGGAAUGAAUGGCUGUUGUAUGACAUGUACAUUCCUGAUCUGCCACGUGCUGCUCGCCUCUGCCUUUCCAUCUGUUCUGUUAAAGGCCGGAAGGGUGCUAAGGAGGAGCACUGUCCACUGGCUUGGGGGAAUAUAAACAUGUUUGAUUACACAGACACUCUUGUGUCUGGGAAAAUGGCUUUGAAUCUUUGGGCAGUACCUCAUGGGCUGGAGGAUUUGUUGAAUCCAAUUGGUGUUACUGGAUCAAAUCCCAAUAAGGAAACUCCCUGUUUGGAGCUGGAAUUUGAUUGGUUUAGCAAUCCUGUAAAGUUCCCAGAUAUGACAGUGAUUGAAGAACACGCCAACUGGACAAUAUCCCGGGAGCUGGGCUUUAACUACAGCUGUGCCGGGCUGAGUAACAGAAUAGCUAGAGAUAAUGAACUAAGAGAAAGCGACAAGGAGCAACUUCGAGCCAUAUGUACACGAGAUCCUCUGUCUGAAAUCACUGAGCAGGAGAAGGACUUCCUCUGGAGCCACAGGCACUACUGUGUGAAUACUCCAGAAAUUCUGCCCAAAUUACUUCUGUCUGUUAAAUGGAACUCUAGAGAUGAAGUGGCCCAGAUGUAUUGUUUGGUAAAGGACUGGCCUCCAAUCAAGCCAGAGCAAGCAAUGGAGCUUUUGGACUGUAAUUAUCCAGAUCCCAUGGUGCGAGCUUUUGCAGUUCGGUGUCUGGAGAAGUACCUGACAGAUGACAAGCUGUCCCAGUACUUAAUCCAGCUGGUACAGGUUCUAAAAUAUGAACAGUAUUUAGAUAAUCAGCUUGUGAGAUUUUUGCUGAAGAAGGCACUGACCAAUCAAAGGAUAGGACACUUCUUCUUCUGGCAUUUAAAGUCUGAAAUGCACAACAAAACUGUAAGUCAGAGGUUUGGUUUACUUCUGGAGUCCUAUUGUCGAGCAUGUGGAAUGUACCUAAAGCAUCUGAGCAGGCAGGUGGAGGCUAUGGAGAAGUUGAUUAACCUCACAGACAUUCUCAAGCAAGAGAAAAAAGAUGAGACCCAGAAGGUGCAGAUGAAGUUUCUUGUUGAACAAAUGAGGCGACCAGAUUUUAUGGAUGCUUUACAAGGUUUUAUCUCUCCUCUCAAUCCUGCGCAUCAACUGGGAAAUCUUCGGCUUGAGGAGUGCAGGAUAAUGUCAUCUGCAAAAAGACCCCUGUGGUUGAACUGGGAAAACCCAGAUAUCAUGUCUGAGUUGUUAUUUCAGAACAAUGAGAUAAUCUUUAAAAAUGGAGAUGACUUACGUCAGGACAUGCUGACACUUCAGAUAAUUAGAAUUAUGGAAAACAUCUGGCAAAAUCAAGGUCUUGAUCUUCGGAUGUUGCCUUAUGGUUGUUUAUCUAUUGGUGACUGUGUGGGACUCAUUGAGGUAGUGAGGAGCUCUCAUACGAUCAUGCAGAUACAGUGUAAAGGAGGCUUAAAAGGAGCGCUGCAGUUCAACAGCCAUACAUUGCAUCAGUGGCUCAAGGACAAGAACAAAGGAGAAAUGUAUGAUGCAGCUAUCGACCUGUUUACACGUUCUUGUGCUGGCUACUGUGUUGCUACCUUUAUACUGGGCAUUGGUGAUCGCCACAACAGUAACAUCAUGGUAAAAGAUGAUGGACAACUGUUUCACAUUGACUUUGGACACUUCCUCGAUCACAAGAAGAAGAAAUUUGGCUAUAAAAGAGAGCGUGUGCCGUUUGUCUUAACACAAGACUUUUUAAUAGUGAUUAGUAAAGGAGCCCAAGAAUGUACCAAAACAAGGGAGUUUGAAAGGUUUCAGGAGAUGUGUUAUAAGGCUUACCUAGCCAUUAGGCAACAUGCCAAUCUCUUCAUCAAUCUUUUCUCCAUGAUGCUUGGCUCAGGAAUGCCAGAACUGCAGUCAUUUGACGAUAUUGCAUACAUUCGAAAGACCCUUGCAUUGGACAAAACCGAGCAGGAAGCUCUUGAGUACUUCAUGAAGCAAAUGAAUGAUGCUCACCAUGGUGGCUGGACAACAAAAAUGGACUGGAUCUUCCACACAAUAAAGCAACAUGCUUUGAACUGAGAUGAAAGCAAAGAAAGCAAGAACUGAUGGCCUGCUCUGUGGAUUCUGCACUGUUAAUACCCGUUCGCAGCAAAGACUGGUUGCAUAGGAAUUGCACAAACCACGGACAACGUUAGAAUUUAUGGCAAGAAGAGAAAUGAACUGUUCAGACAGCUGUUGAAAAAUAAUGUAAAACAGGGUUUCAGAUAGCACUAAAAUUGUACACUUCAAAAAAUAAGCUUUAGUAUGAUGUGUGACUUCAUGUUAUGCCUUAAGCCCGAAAAGGUAAACUUGGCAGAAUGUUUCCUUUUUCAUUUGGUAGGACAAAGUAGAAGGAAAGAGAAAAUAGUGCUAGCAUGAACAUAGUGUCCAUCACACAUUACCUUAGAUCUGGUAUAGCAGGUAGAAACUAUGUUGGAUUGAGAAGAGUGGAAAGAGAAUUGAAGUGAUAUCAAAUACUUCAGUGCAACAUAGUUUGACGGGAAGGAGUUUUCAGCUCAAAGAUCUAAAAACAGUAGUGAGAGGACAGUGCCUUUUAAAUGUGCUUCAGAGGUAUUAACAUUGGUGGGGUUUAGAUGACUCUGAUUUCUGGGUCCAUCAUCUGCGCAGUUUCUGAAUGCAGUGAGAAGUAGGCCCAUUCAGUAUGGUGUUUCUUCUGCUCAGUAUUUCUAGCAGUGCAAUUCAUACUUUCACAAAGAAACUCCCUGUCAUCCCCCAAAACUGACUAACCUGGACAUUGAAUGGUCAGAAUUGGGUUUAGUGCAACAGAGAGCUGUAGUGUUCAUCUUAGGUUUGCUUUAAUCUAACUUGAACUGAACAGAUUUUUUUCAUACAUGUUUUCCAGAACCUAAAGGUGAGUUAUUAAAAUUAUUGAAAGAUUAUUUUUUUAUAAAGGCUAUUUAUAUAAUAGGAACUACUAUUAAUAUAUAUUCUUUAUUUACAUGAUUUGUCCAAUAUUCACUCUUUUAAUUUUGCAGCCCAGUUCUAUCUGUCCAAGGCUCCCGUCUCCAUUAACGUCACUGCAGGUGACCAGAUAGACUCCUAGGACCAAAUUCAGCCCUGGUGAAAGAGGACACAAGUACCAUUGAAGUAGUGGGAGGUACACCCAUUAAUGCCAGAGGUGAACUUGGCCUAAGUCUCUUCCAAAAGUUUUGAGCAUCACUCUUCACAUGACUGAAGUGAUACGCUGGCUAUUUGAGGAACAUACAUUGUAAACCCUUUGUCCUUGGGUCCGCCAUUUCUCCUCUUUUCCUUCCUCCUUUGGAAGUGGUCGUUUAACCCAGUAACAGAUGAAUGAGAAAUAGCCACUUAGGUUUUCAAUAUGAUCGAUAAUAAGCAGUUCAGCAUACAGCAGAUAGGUUGGCUAGCUCAAAGCAUGUGGAGUUACCAAGCAUCUUAUAGCUUUGUCCGUUCUGUGCGUGCGCGUGUGUAGUAGGUAUUUGUAACUCUAGUUGUUCGUCCUCUAACGCAAUGACCAUGUGUGCAAUCAGUUACGUUGGCACCACUUCUUCAAACUGUUCAGACUACCAAGGAUUUCAGAUUGCCCUGAUGCACAACUUGAAGUAGGACUGGUUAUUUUUAAACAGGUUUGUUUUUAAUUUUAACUAGUGAAGCCUAUGAUGCUGAGGGUGAGGUUCACCCUGACGUUUUAAACUUGUUAGAUUGGCAGCACUUGGAGUGAAUUCCAAAGGUUUGGGGCUUUUUUUUUUUGGGGGGGGUGUGGGGAGGGUGUUCAGCUGGUUCACUUGCAAACACGCACUGAGGUGCCACUCAGAAAGUGCAAUACCACAUGUAACAUAAAAUGUGCCAAGGGCUGGUGUUAGAUUAGAAUCUAAGUAUAUAAAUAAACUGUACCUUGUGCAGGCUGUACUGAUGAGGUAAUGAGUGGUUGGCUUCAUUUAGCAAAUUGCAAUAUAUUAAAAAUGUGCAAUUGAUUACACUAUGAAAGACUUAGGGGAUUGUAAAACCAAGACUUUAGUCUUUCGAGACACUUUCCUAGUCAAGAUCCUGCAGUCGAUUUACUGCACCCAUGGAUACUUGAUGCUGUGGGGGGAAGCCUGUUUUUGUGAAAACUACAGAAGUUCCAAGAAUACUAUGGGGAAUGUGAAGUUUUAUUUCCUUAGUUCUACUAAAUACUUGGGAAUAGUCUAAUAGACUCCCCAUUACUCUCUUUAUCGACUGUUACAUACUCCUUCUUGUUCAGCUAUUUUAACUCCUGCUAACCUUGGUCAUCUUUUCUAGACCAAAUUACCCUUAUAUGUAUUACUUUGCAGUCAGCACCUCUAGUGUGUUUAGCUCUCUUAAAACAUGGCUUAGUUUCAGUUGAAUUUUUGUCCACAGAAUCUGAAACCCUGUUGGCUGUAACUCUUAACUGAGUAAAACCGUUGCACAAAUGCUACAUUAGGUGCUAUAUUAUCCUUAUUUAUCUGGUAUUGAAACAAUGCUUUACCUCAUUUAUCUAAGAAAUAGUCAGCCUUUUCCAGCCUGGAUGAUAAGAUUUAACUCAAAUUUAUUGGAUGUUGUGAGCCCAAGUUCUUUUGUACUCAACCCCUUCUUAGCAAUUUACUGCUGUAAAUAUGAGUAUAAAUGUCUUUCAGUUCAAGCAUGCAGUGUUCUGCACCCUUUUAGCACAAAGCUAUGAGGAAUCAGGCUGUGUUUCCAAAAGCUACUGCAACUAAAUGCUGUGCAGAAGUUGUGAAACUAAUUAUGAAUAUCAAACAGUGAACGAAAGGAAACUUUACAGUGCUACAGAGAUCAUGUGAUUUGGGAUUAUAGCCUUUAAAACUGAAAAAGGUAGCAGAAGCCUUGUGGGCUUUAGGCAGUUGUUAUAACCAGCAGCAUGGGCAUUUGGAAAACGUUCUGCCAGUUUGAAGACAAAAAGCAAUCUUUUUUUCAGCCUCAGAGCAUUCAACCCUAAUUACCUUAUACUGUGAUGACAGUUUGGUGCUGAUGUAACUUUGCUGAAGAUGGUGGAGAAACUAUUUACUCACUUUGGAGUAAAUGGGAGAAUUUCAUCUGUUCUAUUGGAAGUAAGGUCUGCUUACGAACUAUGUGAAAGCACCUCUAGCUGAGCUCUAAUUUUUUUUUACAGAGAUUGCUUGAAAUUUUGGAUGUUUAUUUUUUUAACUCUUCCCACUUUAUGGAGAUAUGAAAAUGUUUCCUUAAUCCUGAGAAUUGGCUGCACAAAACACUAAGCUUAUUUUGAGCUUGAAUUGAAUCCAAACACUUUGCUCUUGCAAAACUUUGUAGUAUGACUGCCAGAGCAAGGGCCAUGUGUUUUAUUACAAAGCACUAGGAAAUGAUGACUUUGGUGAAUUUAAAAAGACUAACUUUUUUUCUACUGUGAAACUGUUUGAUUUAAUGACAGAAGAGGCUGCUGCAGAUUAAUUUCACUUUAGGAAAGCAAAGAAUCUAUUUUAAAGGUAGCAGAAAAGGCACCUGUACUGACAUCUGCACACUUCUUUAGUCUGAAAGGGUGCAUUACUCACUUUUUUUUUUUCAUAAGCAAAACAGACUUCCAGUGUAACAUUUAAACUAAAAAACAAACCAAAAGAAGGCAUUUAAAUAACCCCAGAACUGCUAGUGGUUUGGCAACUUGUAGAGAAAAAUACAAGCUUGCAUAUUAAGGACAAUGUAGAAAUUACCAAGCUUGUAGAGAACUUUGUAUGUGAUGACCCUGCUGUUGGUUGGUUGGUUUGGAGGAUUGUUUCUGGUGUUUUGUUUUGGUUCCCCCCGCUUCCCCAUCUUAGCUUUAUGUAAUAUAUUAAAUGCCCUUCAGCAGUCAGUAACCCAUGUUUGACAAUUUGAAGGUGUUUGCCUUGCUUUGUCAUUUUAUAACUGGCACGUUCCAAUGUCUGUCCUUAAUAAUUGUGAAUUCCUCCUGUUCUUCAUGUCUGUACAGGUUGCAGACCUGGGCUGGACCCAUUCAAAACACAGAUAUCAAAAGAAACCACUUAAAGUUAUUAUUUUGAUGUCUUUGACAUCUUGCAAAUGCUUCAAGUUAAUGAAAAUGGCAUGGUAUUACAGAAAGAAUUGUAACUUGCUGCUUCUAGGAUCUUUUUUUUCCUUUCAAACAUCUUUCUCUUGUUUUAGUUUGACUUGAAUGGAAGAACCACAUUUGUUUUGCUGUUUGUUUUGGUUUGUUUGGGUUGUUUUUUUUUAAUGCUAUAUAGCUGUGGAUGUUGCAGAUUGUUGAAUCCCAAUUUCAUUUUGCAAUACAUGUUUCAUACAAACAAUGAAUUUGUAUCUCUCUUUGUGCUGACAGUGGUCUCAGUUUAGGCAAGGCUCUAUCUGUCCAAAAUGUGUGGCAUACCAACCCCGCAGUUGAGGUGGGUUUGGGGAUGGGAUUUUGGUUUUCUUUUCCUACAUCUGUGUUAAUGAAGGAAAGCCAGCUGGAAACUUGAUACAGAAGUUCUCCAUCUAUAUACAUUAAUCAAAUCUAUAGAUACUCUGGUCUUUGAGAAAUUCUGGUUUCACUUAAUGCUGACAGAACACUGACUUGAUCAGAAUCACUCUGGAUUCACAAUAGCAUAUGAAAUCAGAAUUAGACUGUACCUGUAGUAAAGUUCCAGGUUACUUGUAUUGGUUACUACAAAUGGUGUUCUCAUAAGGAGCAGUCCAGUCAAGCACUUGACAAUUCUACUUGGAAGCAGUCUUUAUUAACUAGCCUUCUCAGUUCUUAACUGCUGUAAUCUUGUCUAUAGUUACUUUCCAUUUUUAUUGCUUGCUAGCUCAAAUGUUUCCUCUUCCUACUUUUUUUGUAGUAUGAAGAGUUGUUAAACUCAUACUCUUGACUUCUGGGCUUUAUGGGAUAGACUAUGAGGCCUUACCAUGUUACCACUUCUGACUCUAAGCCAGAGGUGAAUCCCUCUGUCUCCUCUCUCCAGCACCCCUGUGCCCUGAAAAGGGACACACAACAAAAACUAUUUGUAAGAGAAGGUCAACUGAAGCAAUGCACUGCCUGUACUUUGAAGCAUCACCUUUGGGUUGUAUAAAUGUGUCUAAAAUGUAAGUGUCCUUACAGUCACUUCUGUCUCUGAUGCAAGAGUCCAUAAGAAAAGCCAAAAAUACACUCUUCUAUCUUGACUCUUCACAAAACUGGUGCCCACUAACCAUCAAACAGGUUUAGGAACUGUUCGUUUCAGUGUGAUUGCAUCAGUUUUGUCAGGAACCUGUUCCAGUAAAAAAAUCAACUCCAGUUAACCCUGACUUAAAUGUAUUCUUAGUUACAGAAAUUCAAGUGGAAACAGUUUCUCCUUAGAGUUUUAUUUGUAGUAGUUUACUUAAUCCUUGCAAGCCAACUGUUACUCAUAGCUGCAAUCUCAUUCUGCCUUAUUCUUUGGUUUAACUACUUCUAAUCUCUCUCCAGGCUUUGCUAAUAGUGUUCUAUAUCUUGAGUUAUCAGUUGCCCCAAGCUGCCCAAAUUUGUCUUACUGUUUCAUUGGAGGUAGGGGAAGGAAAAAGAAGAGAUCUAGAAUAUGUGGCUGCAGUCCAGUAGCCUGGAUUCUCAGGCUUGAAAUCUUUAAAGUAUUGUCAUUACAACUGGCAAAACAACUGCAGGAAAUUCACAGAAUCAUCAAGGUUGGAGAUCCAGCCACUCUGUUCAAAACAGGAGCAGCUAGAGCAGGUUGACCAGAACAUUGUUGAGUUGGUUUUAGUCUGUUCAAGAAAGAGGAGUCCACAGUAGAAGUUUUUUCUUAAUGUUUACAUGAAAUUUCUAUUUAACUUCCUAAUGUCCUUCAGUGGGCAGGACUGAGAAAACUUUUCCUAUCAUAUUUACUCCUCUCCAUCAAGUAUUUAUAUAUGUAUUAACCAGAUGUCCCUUGAGCCUUCUCUUCAUCUGGCCAAACAAGGUCAGCUCUCUUAGCCUCCUCUUGUAUCCAUCAUCUUCAUGGGUUUAAUUGUACCUGUUUCAGCAUGUCCAUGACCGGUUCUUACUGGAGCCCAGCAGUCCAUGCGUGGCCUCACCAGCGCUGAGCAGAGGGGCAGGAUGAAGACUCAUUCACUUUGACCUGCUGGUGAUGCUCUUCCUAAGGCAGGCCUGUUGACAUUUUGGAUAAAUAGAGCCCAGGAGGCUGUAAUCUCUUGAUGUUGUCUGAAGCUGAUGGCAGUUACACAUCAGCAUCGAACACAGAGCAUAAACACUGGCGGCAUUUGAAAUAACUGUCUCAUUUCAAAAAGUUAUCUUUGAAAUAACCACUACUGGGGGGGGGAUGUUGCCAUAUGUAUGUCAUUCUGUGAUAAAGGUCCUGUGGUGAAGUAGUUAGAAAGCAAAAUGGGUUUAGUAAUAUGGGACAAAAGAAGUAUUUAAGAUGCAGCAAGAUGCAUGUGGUGUCAUACUGAGGAGUCUUGCAGUGCUUCAACAGAACAUGAAAAACAAACAACCUAAACCACAAAAGCCCCCCAAAAAACCCACAACCCUUCUUUCCCCCUUCUGCUGUGCUACCUAAGUACCAAAAGUUUGGCCUGUGAUACUUAUUGUAGUUCAUGUUCAUGGGAAACUGUAAAAAGUCUCUGCUUUUUAUUUAUCUUUGCAGUCUGUAUCUCAUGCUGUUUAUUAAAAAAAACUACUUUCCAUUUUUA